AUGUCGGUCAACAAGAGCCAAGGCCAAACCCUUUCUAGAGUUGGAGUAUAUUUGGAAACAGAUGUUUUUUCGCAUGGUCAAUUAUACGUUGCGGUAUCACGGGUCUCAGACGUCAAUAAUUUACUUGUUGUCAGGCCAAAGAUCAGGGAUGGAGUGGUCAAUGUGGUGCAUAGGGCUAUCUUCAAGCUAAAGGGAAAAAGUAAUGAUUUGCCUGGGUUCGUUUUGCAUGGAUUGAAGUUGCCAGAAGUAUCAAAAAUUCCAUAUGAUUGGGCUACGAGACAAUUCAAAUGUAAAAUUAAGUUGGUAGUACAAUGGAUGUUGGUGGAUGUGGAGCAGGUUGAUUAA